AUGAAGACUGAGGAUGUGACUAGCAAUAUUAAAGUAACAGACUUCAAUAUCAUUAUAAUUAAUGACGAUGACGUUUACGAUGACGUUCACGAUGACGACGACGAUGACAGUGACGAUGACGAUGACGAUGGCGAUGACGAUGACAGUGACGAUGACGAUGACGAUGAAGAUGACGAUGAAGAUGACGAUGACGGUGACGAUGACGAUGACGAUGACGUUCACGAAGAUGAUGGCGAUGGCGAUGUGAUGACGAUGACGUUCACGAUGACGAUGGCGAUGGCGAUGACGUUCACGAUGACGAUGGCGAUGGCGAUUGACGAUGACGAUGACGAUGGCGAUGACGAUGACAGUGACGAUGACGAUGACGAUGAAGAUAACGAUGAAGAUGACGAUGACGGUGACGAUGACGAUGACGAUGACGUUCACGAAGAUGAUGGCGAUGGCGAUGUGAUGACGAUGACGUUCACGAUGACGAUGGCGAUGGCGAUGACUGACGAUGACGAUGACGAUGAAGAUGACGAUGAAGAUGACGAUGACGGUGACGAUGACGAUGACGAUGACGUUCACGAAGAUGAUGGCGAUGGCGAUGUGAUGACGAUGACGUUCACGAUGACGAUGGCGAUGGCGAUGACGAUGAUGAUGACGUUCACGAUGGCGAUGUGA